GGUGCUGCUCAAAUAUAUCAUUUUCUUGUUAAUUCCAAUUUUUGAUAAUUGUUUUCUCAAGUAUUUGUCAUAGGUUUGACAAUAUGAUUAACAUAAUAGAAUGUACAAUAAAAUGCACUGUUUUGAUUAUCUCCCUUUAAGACCCUGACAUUAUAAUUUCAUGUGUAAUAUUAAACAAAGUGUUUUUCUUACUAUUCAAUUAUGUGUAGUCUGCAUUAUCUGCUUUUAACAUAAAACUAAAAGCCUUAUGAAACUUUAAGCAGGUAGCCUUGAACUUUGUGAAAUAAAAAUCUAAACCAACUACAAGAACUAACGUGACAAGAGGGCCAUAAUGGCCCUAUAUCGCUCACCUGUUAUCAUUGCACUUAAAGACAAGAAGUUGAAGAAAUUUUACCAAAAAGAAAAAUAAAAUCAAGUGACCCCUGGGGCAAGGUCAAUUUUGACCCCGGGGGUCAUGAUUUGAACAAAUUUUGUAGAGGUCCACUAGGCAAUGCUACAUGUGAAAUAUCUGAGCUCUAGGUCUUCUGGUUUAUUUUUAGAAAAAUUUUGAAGAUUUUCCUAUGUAAAAUCAAGUGACCCCUAAGGCGGGGUCAAUUUUGACCCCGGGGUCAUGAUUUGAAAAACUUUAGUAGAGGUCCAUUAGGCAAUGCUACAUGUCAAAUAUCUAAGCUCUAGGGCUUCUGGUUUUUGAGAAGAAGAUUUUUUAAGAUUUUCCUAUGUAAAAUCAAGUGACCCAUGGAGCGGGGUCAAUUUUGACCCCGGGGUCAUGAUUUGAACAAACUUGGUAGAGGUCAACUAGGCAAUGCUUCACACCAAAUAUCUAAGGUCUAGGGCUUCUGGUUUUUGAGAAGAAGACUUUUAAAGUUUUUCCUUUCGGUUGCCAUGGCAACCAGAGUUCUGCACGGAAUUCAAUUCUUUGAAUAAUUUUGAAAGGGGGUCACCCAAGGAUCAUUCCUGUGAAGUUUGGUGUAAUUCUGCCAGGGGGUUUUCAAGAAGAUUUUUUUAGAAAUUGUUGACGGACGACGGACAUCAAGCAGUCACAAUAAAAAUAUUAUUUACCCAAGAUAGCCACCAUUACCAAAUUUGUUAAAGUUAUAUUUCAUUCAAUAUCGCAAUCACGUAUAGAUCAACUUCAAAAUUUAUCUUUGUUGCAGGCAAUCCAGAUAAAAUGUGCACGUAAACAUGUUACACGUAUAUCAAGGUCACGCAACAAGGACAUUAUAUUAUCGGGGUAAUUGCAGUUUUUGGGAUUUUACAAUUCAGAUAAGACCUUUUGUUCAGACAUGGCUUUCUUCACAAACAAGAAGGAAACAAAACUAUUUCCAUCAGCAACAGCUUCCAUGAGCUAUGAGAAGGAUCUUAAAGUAUACUGCCAACCCUGUGCCCAGGAUGGACCACGCAUUCCUGCCCAUGGCUACUGCAAGGACUGCCAAGAACACCUGUGUGAGGCUUGUUUCGCAGCUCACAAGAGGCAUAAACUUUCCAAGCAUCAUACUAUUCUAGAUAAAAACAACAUGCCUAAAACAUUACAACUACCUUCAACAUCUAAUCAUCCCAGCCAGCCGGACGACCUCACAAAACCUUGCCCUAAACACACCAAAGAAAUGAUCAAGUUCUACUGCCAUGACCAUAAAGUACUUCUCUGUAGUGUAUGUGUUACCCUAGAGCACACUGUUGCAUCUUGCAAUAUCAAAUAUAUACCUGAUAUUUCUAGCCAGAUCAUCAACAGCAAAGAAUACCAAGACAUCCUAAAAACCAUGGACACCAUCACAGACCAGUGUCAGAAGAUGUCAGAAGAUGUGAAGAACAUGACAUCAAAAUCCAACAGUUCUUUGGUACAUGUAUUGGCAGAUAUCAAGAAAUUCCGAAAAGAAAUUAACCAAAGACUGGAUGAACUGGAGAAACAAGCUGAAGAUGCAGCAAAGAAAAUCCAACAAGAUAAUGAAAAGAAUCUGAAGACAGUAAAAACAAAAUGUGACGAUGUUACCAAAUCCGUGAAGACAUUAUCUGACUCUAUCAAACAUCUCAAUACAUCAAAACAAGCAGACAGACUCUUCAUUGAACUUCAAUCUGCUAAGAAAAUGAUCGAGGACUAUGAGCAAAAUAACACUACAGUUACGGCAUAUCAUGUUAAACGUCACAUCUUUAAACAAAAUGAAGCAAUAGCAACACUCAUUGAAAAAGAGAAGUCAUUUGGCACACUAAUAAAGAAAGCAUUACAACAAACAAAGCCUACGCAAGACAAAGAUGUAAAGCCAACACUAACUUCACAUCAGGGUAACAUCCUUUUACAGACAUCAAGAGAUGAAAGUGGGUGCUCAAUAACAGGGAUGGCUCUCCUUACACCUGAUCUUCUCGUCAUCACUGACUGGAACAACAAGGCUAUCAAACUGGUUGACACCAGCAGUCAAUCUGUUGCUGAUCAAUUGCAACUAGAUACUUCACCAUUUGAUGUCACGUCUGUUACCUCUACAGACUUUGUUGUCACACUUCCAGACCAAAAAACAAUUCAGUUUAUAUCAGUCUCCUUCAAAAAACUCAAAAAGAAAGAUGUUCUGAAGACUGAUGGAAACUGUUAUGGCAUAAGUUGUUAUCAGGAGAAAUUUGUUGUGUCAUUUGUGGCACCCGCAAAAUUUCAAGUCUUUGAUAUGAAUGGAGACAUACUGACAAUAGUCAACAUAGAUAACACGCUCAGUUAUCCAUUACAUGUCACAACUAACAGCCACUCAAUCUAUGUAUCCGACUGUAAUAUGAAAGCUGUAACAAGGUUUGACUGGCAGGGUGAGGGGAUGGGGAGCUAUUGCGAUAUGGAUGAGCCUCAUGGUAUAUCUCUGUCAGGUGAUGGAAGUGUCUUUGUGUGUGACUAUACAAGAAAUGCUAUAGUGAAGAUAACAGGUGGUGACUGUUCUAACGGAAAGGUUGUGUCGAAGGAUCUGAAAGGUCCCUAUGCUGUCUGUUGGUGUGCUGUCGGAGCGAAACUGUACUACAGCUGUGAUACUGCAGAUCAGAAAUAUGACAAUUUCCUUCAAGUCCUCAAGCUGUCAUAAUAUCAUAACUACCACAACAAAAGUCGUAUCAACCAACAUACUGGUAUACUGCUCAUAUCACCACAAAAUCUUCAUGUAGAACUGUACUUGAAACAGAUUUUUUCAGACAUAUUGAUACAUGCUUAACAUACAAAAUGUUGUUAGACAACAUGAGAAGAAUAGACCUGCAAACCAGCUUUCACAAAAAAAAUACAUUAUUCCAUCUCCAGUUUGUGAAGUGUAAGGCAGCAGCAUAUCAACAAUGUAGUGAAUACAUAGAAUACAUUGAUACACUUUAUACUUUAUGCAAAAGAUAAUAUGUGCAAGGGAAAAUAUAAGUUCACCUUAAUAUUAAUACAAACUGCUAAGAAUUCUAUAACGAAGGAAAUGAGUUGAAUUUUGUACCAGAUAAAUCACAGAGAGCAUAUACCAGAUAAAACAAGGAAUGACCGGAUGACAAAAGAAGUAUCAGUUUGAAUGUCUCUGUUGUAAAUUUUGUGAUACUGUAUUAUUCCUAAACAGCUAAAAUGGUUUAUUUUGUUUAAAAAUGUUCUAUUUUCUUUAUUUCUGAGAUUUUAUCCCUUCUUUUUUUCUUGUUUUGUUCAGAAAUGGUCUUUAGUGGCAUUUUAAAAUUGCCAGAUUCCAUAUUACUGUGCAUUUGAAAUAUUACAUGUACAAGAAUUCAAUUGAGUUACAUUUCUUUAUAUAAUAACCUUUAAAGCAUUAUUUAACAAUCUUUUAAAAUAUAUCUAUAUAUGAGCCGUGCCAUGAGAAAACCAACAUAGUGGGUUUGCGACCAGCAUGGAUCCAGACCAGCCUGCGCAUCCGCGCAGUCUGGUCAGGCUCCAUGCUGUUCGCUUUUAAAGCCUAUUGGAAUUGGAGAAACUGUUAGCGAACAGCAUGGAUCCUGACCAGACUGCGAGGAUGCGCAGGCUGGUCUGGAUCCAUGCUGGUCGCACACCCACUAUGUUGGUUUUCUCAUGGCACGGCUCAUAUAUUUUAAAUAAGCAUAUUCAAAAAUGUUGAAGUGUCACAGUUUUGUAAUUAAUUUGUCACAGUUUUGAUGUUGAUUUUAGUUUUUGGCAAAUUUUGUGUCACAAUUUGGCCACUAUUCUUUCCAUCAAUUUGUCUUGGUGCUAGCCAACUAACACAAAAUCCUUGUGAAAAGAAUUUUCAAAUAUCAUUUCAUGACAUAAAAAUCCUGUUUGUUUUGGGUUAAGAGCAGGUUUUCAAGAGUAUUUCAGUCAAAUAACAAUGAGCAGGUAACCUAACCAGUGUUCCUGGAUCCUGUACCAGCCCAAACACUAGUCCCCACAAGUAACUUCCAACUUGAGAGGUGGUUGGGAUGGGGGAACAGGCUCAGGACACUAACAAAUAUGAUCAGGAAACUCAAGAUUGAAGAAAUACAUUGUACAUAAAUAUAUACUUUGAUUACUUCAUUUCUCUUUCAUGUAAACAUGUUCAGCAUGUUCAAUGUUAGAUAAACAUUUGAAACUCAAUAUCUCAAAAUCACUUAUCUCAAAAUUCUGGCCAUUUCGAAGACAUUUUCAAGUCGUGUCUUGUAAACAUAGGCACAAAAUAUCAUGUUACAUCGAAUUUUGGAUAUCUUGACAUAAAAUGCUCCACCCCUUGGGAUUCGAGAUACCAAGUUUCAUCUGUAUUUACUUUGGUUCCUUCAUUUCUCUUUCAUGAAAAGAUGUGUCAAUCAUGUUCAGCAUGUUGAAUAUUGAUUUAUUUUUUUGGUUACUUCAUUUCUCUUUCAUGAAAAGAUGUGUCAAUCAUGUUCAGCAUGUUGAAUAUUGAUAUGUUUUUUUUGGUUACUUCAUUUCUCUUUCAUGAAAAGAUGUGUCAAUCAUGUUCAGCAAGUUCAAUGUUAUAUAUACAUAUACUUUGGUUUCUUCAUUUGUCUUUCAUGUAAAGAUGUGUCACUAAUGUUCAAUGUUAGAUAUAUAUACCUUGGUUCCUUCUUCUCUUUCAUGUAAAGAUGUGUCACUAAUGUUCAAUGUUAGAUAUAUAUACCUUGGUUCCUUCUUCUCUUUCAUGUAAAGAUGUGUCACUAAUGUUCAGCAUGUUCAAUGUUAGAUAUAUUAUAUACUUUGAUUUCUUCAUUUCUAUUUCAUAUAAAGUUGUUUCAAUCAUUUUCAGCAUGUUCAAUGUUAGAUAUAUUUUUUUGGUUACUUCAUUUCUCUUUCUUGAAAAGAUGUGUCAAUCAUUUUCGGCAAGUUCACUGUUAGAUACAUGUAUAUAUUUUUUUGGUAUUUUAUUUCUCUUUCAUGAAAAGAUAUGUCAAUUAUGUUCAGCAAGUUCAAUGCUAGAUAUAUGUAUAUACUUUGGUUUCUUCAUUUGUCUUUCAUGUAAAGAUGUGUCAAUCAUUUUUCAGCAAGUUCAAUGUUAGAUAUACAGUUGAAGCUCAACAACUCAAACCUGCAUAUAUCAAAAUUCCAUCUAUCUCGAAGAUAUUUUCAAGUCACGUCUCGUAUAACAUGCACAAAAUAUCAUCUUAAAUCGAAUUUCAGAGAUCUCAAAAUAAAACGCUCAAUCUGUUGGAAUUCGAGAUACCGAGUUUCAACUGUAUAUACUUUGGUCUCUUCCUUUCUCUUUUUUGUAAAGAUGUGUCAAUCAAAUUCAGCAAGUUCAAUGUUGGCUGUUACUGCUUUUUUCAUUAGUUAAGUAAGAGUUGAAUGAAAAUGGUCGUCAA